CUUCACGAGAUCAUAUCAAUGAGUCAAUAGAAAAAACCGCGUUUUCCGUUCAUGUUGACAUUGUAUUGUUUGACUUCGAAGACGCACUCUCCUCGUGCUUGUUUAUACGGAGGAAUAAAUUGCGCUGAAGCUGGCCAGCAGUCGCGUGAAACGCAUCCACGGUUUUAAUAUCACAGAGAAUUGCGCACGUACUGAGUCGAACCUAGACGUGAAAAUACAACGAUGUCGCCUCUCGGUUGGCGUAAUUCGUUCGUGCUUCUUUUCCUAAUGGUUCAUAUCGACGCGGCAAGAAUAUCAACUGCUCCUUUGCCCACAGAAAAGAUGGCUGACCCGCAUUCGUUUCCUGAAUUCGAAAGCGUAGAAAGCGUAGAACAGCCAAGCACCAACUUCACAGGCACAUUCAACAGCGAUUAUACCGUUCACGACGAAGGUGAUUCUAAAUUAAACCCCGACGAUCAGAAACUCUACAUGUCGUGGGAAGAAGCUUCGCCCAGCACUGGAAGACGGGUUGAUUUUUCUGUUAUCAGCUGUCGUGUGUCGCUAUUUAUUCCGCAAAGCCUGGACCUACCCGACCUGACUACUUGGGAAAUUUCCUUGCCCAAAAAUGCAAGCACGAACAGCAGAAUUCGGAGUAAAAGAAAAAUAUUUUACAGAGACAACCGACGUCCCAUUUCUUUAAGCACAUAUGGUCAUCGUUUUCCAAUCGCCAGCGUGGUAAAAUUGAGUACUGGUUGUACAGGCACCCUUGUCUCUCCCAAACACGUCCUGACUGCAGCCCAUUGUAUACAUGAUCAAUCUGAUUAUGUCGCCGGAUUCAGUACUCUAAAGGUAGCCCUUCUCCCAAAUUUGAGAGUGAGCAAAAAAUUUCAAUGGAUUCGAGUGAACGCGACAUUUCUACCUAACGGCUGGUUGAUGGGAAACGCAAAGAUUGCAUCGAAAUUUGAUUAUGCUUUGUUGGAACUCGAAGAAACACACAAGAAGCCGUUCUUUGAACUGGCUAUCAGCGAAGGAAAAUCAAACGCAAUCAUCCAUUUUACUGCGUAUGAAGAUGACAAGCCUGCUAAUACACUAUGGUACAGGUAUGUAUGUUAUGACUGUUUUCUUGUUUGUUUAAUUUUUCACCGUAUUCAUUUACUGUGACCGGUUUUAUGAAGGUCAGAUAGGGCACGGGAUACUCUCGAAUAGGGAUUUUUCAAUCUUCGUAGAAUUGUCUGUAAAGCUGUAAAACUACCGAUAUAGACCCACAAUAAUAUUUCGAUUUUAAAAACUGAGCUUUUUAUGUGGAUUAACAAGUCAAAUCAACAGUCAAUUUAGAAAGUGUGAAAAUCAUAUUACAGAAUACAGUACAAUAUUGUACAGUGCGGUGCAGUACAAUACAGUACUAGUAAUACUGGAUGAAUGAAUGAUAUUUGUUGGAAAAAAACAUAAAAAUUAAUAAACUGUAAAUUUUGUAUUUACUCGCUACAAUUUUAUGGUGUCCAUCCAGUUUCUUAUGAGAUCAAUUUCCUAUUAAUAUUAAAACUAAUUUAUGCGUGCAGGGGGUGAUGGGAAGUAAGGUAUCAUAUUGCUGAUUAUGCUGAGAAAGUAAAAGUGGCGGCCGUGUAAACACGGAGUGAUAGCUUAUUCUUGUAAAUAUUGAAAUAUUUCGGCAGUUUUUAUUGAACAUUUUCAGCAUAAUCAGCAAUAUGAUACCUUACUUCCCAUCACCCCCUGCGCGCAUAAAUUAAAAGCUAGAAUUGCCUAUUCGAGAGACCGUCAUGGUUUCCUCAGGGUUUUUUUCAUUAAUUAUAAUAGAAUAUGGUAAAAACCGUACAAUAGGCCAUAGUAUUGUAUAAUAAAAGUAUAGUAAACUAGCUUACAACUGAUUACAACAUUGAUUUGUCCAGGGCAUGCAGAAUAAGAGUAACAGAUGAUCAUGUCUUGUAUCACUAUUGUGACGCCCAGCCUGGCUCGUCCGGCGCUGGUGUCUACACAUGGACACGUGUUAACGGUGAAUGGAACCGACGGUUGAUUGGCGUGUUUAGUGGAUACCGUUGGAAAUCCUUCAAGGAAUGGUGGAAAAAAGAUGCAGAUUAUAACGCAGCCAUUCGUCUCAACACUCUGAAGUAUACACAGAUCUGUGGCUGGAUGGGAAAAUACGCUGCAAAAUCAUGCAAGCAGCUGAGGAACACGUCAACUUGGGGCUAGGAAAUAAACAUAUUUCAAUUUCGUAUAAUGUUUUUUUAUAUAAGACUAUGUCUUUACAAAGAAGUGCGAUAAUCUUUUCUUGUCAGAGCAUUUUAUCAAUAAGACAUUUACAUUCAUAUCGUAAUUUUCUACAUAUAAUGGUCAGUAUUACUCUUGUUAUAUUCAUCUUUGAACAAAUAUAAUGUUUGGUUUAAGA